AGUUGGCGGAUGCCUUUUUUUUCACAUUGUUUGAUCCUCCCUGCAAAUUCUCCAGUGAAAUAUGCAUUUAACAUUUAGUGCAUUGGUGAAAACGGAACAAGUUGUGGUCAUCCUUUGCACUUCUUUUAAGCACAUGGUCUCUUGGUUGAUACUUUAAUCACUGUGAAUUCAGUGUUAAUUUAAUACCUUCUCUGUUAACCACUGGUGAAUAUUUUUUGGUGUCUUUGGUAAUUCAUUCCAUGGUGUUUUCUUUUAUAUGGUAUUAAACCACAGCACACAUUUGUGUUUUAUUUUUAUUCUAAAUAUAUAAACAUACCCCUUUGUCCUAAAAGUUUGAUGCUGGCAUGUAAACAAGAGGCUGAUUACAGCUUCCUUUUUUGGCAGUCCGGCAGCUGAUUUCUCACUGUCCUUGAAUGAGAACUUUCCCAGAACAGAAACAGUCAGCUUUGGUGACUCACUCAUCUUUUCACUCUUAAAAUAUGACGUGAGAGAUGAAUUGAAAACUAAAUAUGAAUGAAAUCAUUUCAGAAAUUGAAUAGAUUUAUCAAAACAUUCAUCCUUAUUAAGAGUGUGUGUGUGGGGGCUGGGGGGUAGUGUGCAUUGAUGUCCUCAGGGAUGGUUGGGAUUUAAAGGUGUAGUGCUGUCUUGCUAAUAAUACAUUCCAUUUUUCAGCAUAGCAAGGCAUUAGUUUACCUCAGUGGGUCUUUUUCACAUUUGACAUAUUGACUUGAAAAGUACAGGUGUUACUGACAUUAACAAUGUCUCUGUUCUGUUCAAAUGCCCCAAUAAGCUAUAACAAUGGGAAAACAAGCGCAAUACAAGGACACUGAAACUUACCCAGCUAAAAGGAAUGCAGCCUUCAUUAAUGUUAUUGUUUACACCUGUGCUUUUCCUUCUGAGACAUCGAGGUAUCUGUUAUGAAAAAAGGCCUAUCUGCUCACACAGUUAAUAGACGUGUCAGACUGUAAGUGCACACAUUUCAGAUUAACUUCAAACCUACUGAAUAAGAUUGUCUACUGUUACUUUCUGUGUGUGUGUGUCUGUGUGUGUGUGAGAGAGUGUGUGUGUGUGUGUGUGCGUGUGUGCACACAAAGAAGGAGACUGUAUCAAAGGAAUCAAGCGAGCAUAAGAGAAAAAAAGAGUUUUGUGACUUGGACGCACAGUUCCCCUCUCAUGUCUCUCUCCUCUUUACUCUACAACACACUCUGAGUCAUGAAUCAGCUGUGAGGAAUCAAGGUUCCUGUGUAAUGGGUAAACACAAAUCAGUGGUCUGGCUAAGGUCACUAACCCGACCUGCGGUGUCCACUCUACAUGAAUCACCGCAAAUUCAGGAGAUAUACAGACGGAUGGACACUUUAUUAAAAGAAAUGUUUGACAAAUUUGGAAUUAUUUCUAAUAUUACAAGAGCUCCCAACUAACAUUUUUUUUCUGCCUUUUACUCUACACUUUCUUUCCUUUAUCCUCUGUUUGCCUGCUGCCCACUCUGCCUUUUGUCCACCUACAAGCCAUGAAGCACUCCCUCCUGGGGAUCGAUAACCCGCACUGACCAUGGCAUAUUUGCCCUCUGGACCCCAGGACAGUGUGCAAGCACACACCUUCUCUUCACACACUGUUGAAGAGUCUCUCUGCUUCUCGUCCCACCACCGACGUCUCAGGGUAACUUGGAGUCAGCAGACCAUCCAAAGGCUCAGGAGACGGCACACUGGGAGGCCUGGGUGGGUGAAUGCACUGAAGGAUGGCCGUGUUUUGGAAAGCAAUGGCAGGUGGACUGCUGCUCACUUUGAGCCUCACUCUGUUGGGGUGGGGAGUUGAGGGGCAGGGGAACGGACGGGGUAAGAAAGAAGUAUCAGGCGGGGCUACUGUCUACCUCGGCCAGGACAGAGACAUCUGGAGGCCAAUGAUCUACACAACAGUAAACCUUAGUGAAAUCCACAGUAUCAAGUCAUCCUUUCAGUUACGGACCUUUGACCCUGAAGGUGCCAUUUUCUACGGAGACACUAAAAACGGACAGGACUGGUUUGUUUUGUCCCUGAUGGGCGGUAUCCCCCUGAUGCAGAUCAGCAGAGAAGACAUCCUCAUCAGCGUGGCAGGCGGCCCUAAGCUCAAUGAUGGGAAAUGGCACACACUGGAGGUGAGCCACCAAGAGAAGUUUGUGGUUCUAGAGGUGGACGGCUCCAAUAGGCUGGAGGUGGGCAUGCAGUCCAAACAGACACAGGAGAUCCUUGUAGGUGAACUCCGACUGGCCGUUGGUGGGAUCCUGAUCAACAAGGAAAAGAUGAUUGUUCAGUUUGAGCCGCAGAUGGACGGCUGUGUGCGGGAAGGCAGCUGGCUAAACCUCAGCAUCCCCUGGGAGGCGGACGUGGAGGAGCUGUGGCCCUGCUAUCAAAACAUCCAACCUGGCAGCUUCUUCGCUGGCACUGGAUUUGCCAUUUUCAACACCUCAGUUUUCCCCAUUGAGGCAGAUCAUGUGGUCAAGACUGAAUUGUGGGGAGAUUUCAGUAAGAUGGAUGGGACCAUUUUGAGCAUUAAUGUUCCUGGGCAAGAGAUGAUCUUUGCUUUAGUGGCCAAUAAUAACACAAAGGAGGUCACACUCACUUUCGGUGAAGAAAAACUCAGUAUGAAUGACAUUUUCAAGAGACUGGUGAUAACCUUUGAGACAGAUAAACUGCAAGUGUUUCAAGAUGAAGAUGAAUCAAAGACUACAAAGUUAUCUUUUGCAGGGAGCCACCCUGGUUAUUUGACCCCAUGGAGAGAGGGUAGGCUCGCCUUUGGAGGUCUCCUAGGUAAGGGGGAGGACGACGUUGGUUCCCACUUCUUGACAGGCUGUCUGGAGAAGAUCCAGAUCCAAGGGAGGGAUGUGGACCUGGAUUUAGCUGUCAAACACAUGUCAAUCUCCUCUCACAGCUGCCCUGCAUAGACCAUGAAAGUAUGCAUGUUCAAUAUGUGGAUUCAGUGUUUGCAAUUGGUGUGUUUGGAUCCAAAUGAAGUAGAAAAAGUGUUUUAAAGUGAAAAAUGUCUACUAAUAGUCAUUCUGUAGUGGGAUGAGGUAUUUGUACAAAUUAAACUCUAAAAUGUGGAGAAUUUACAAUAAAAUAUGAAUAGGUUGUUCAAUAGAUAUCUCUCCCAUUAGCCCCUAUUUUAACAUAAAUGCUGAUUAAUCUGCAAAAUGUGAGUGCUUUUGUGACCUUGGUACAUGCAACAGUCUGUUUCUAAAUAAAAUAUGAUUAUCCAUAGUAUAGCUAACCAUGAAUAUGAAUUUUACUGCUGCAUUUGGAGCAAAACAAAGACCGAUAGUGUUUUAGGAGAUUUAAAAUUUAGGAGAUUUAAACACUAUGAUGAAACACUAAAGAUAGAUACUGAGUGCAUGGAGUAUAAGUGAGACAGAGAUUUAAAACAUGGAUUUUGCUCCCUCUAGUGGACUGUUGAAGGUAAUGUGAGAGUCAAACCAUUCACUCUGUAUGAUGCUACCCAAACAAUAAUAUUGAUGUAAAAUUAAAAAAAAGAUAGACAAUAGUGUCAAUUUUCUUUAUAUGUCUAUAAAGUUGAAAUAUAUUACAUGUUCCUGUAAAAGUCACCUUUUGAGUUGAUGAAGCAUAGAAGGAAGAGAAAACGUGCAUGUGUGUAAUGCAAGUAAGUCGUAAUGUAUGUUUUUGCCGCAAUAUAUAUGUGCUGCAAUAGCAGCAAUCGGCACAAUGACUAUUGUAAAUCGACAAAAACCCUCUGCGAAAUUUCCCAUAAACCUUAAUGGAAAAUCUUUGUGAAAUCACUUAACAUAGCUCAAAACAACCCCUCUUUGAAGCCAUACUGUAUCGCCAUACUUUAAUGUAGAAAAAUAAUUAAAAGUUUAAACCGAAGACAAGACAUUGGCCUUUAUUGGGCUGAAUGGGCUUCUGAUAUCAAGUACGGUUUCUACCAAAUAACAAUUUAUGUAUGAUCCAGUUUUCAGACCAUUUCAGAUUUUCCAAUGUGUGUGUACCGUAUGGGGACGGAAUGUUGAGAGCCAGAGGGGAGGACAGAGGGGGGAGCUGCAGUACGAUCCUCUGAAAUUUUUACAAACAAAUUUCUCUUCCCCCUACAGUUUUCACUCUUCAUACAUCAUGGUUGGUCAAAAUGUAGGAAAUGUUGUGCCGGUCGCAGACAUGUAACUAUGGAAUCCACCGGACUGUUCAUACCAACUGCCAAUAGAAACAAAGAAAAAGAAAUAUCUGGAAGGACGCAGACGGUUCCCUGUUUGUUACCUGCUCUGUGUCGCAUAUAUUUGACACCACAAACAUCAAAACCACAUCAAUGCAUUUGUCUGACUUUUAUGUCUCUUGUGAUGAUAAUAUUUUGCCGUUUGGACCCACGGUUUUUGAAUUACAGAAUAAACUUGAGAGGUAUAAUUAUCAUUAAAUGGACAUUUUUGACCUGUCAAACAGGACAGCACCUUAGAUAGUCCUGCUUCUAGCUCAAAAACCCUAACUCCUAUCGCUUAAUGUUUAAAGGGACAAUAUGUAACAUUUCUGCAUUAAAAUGUCUAAAAAUGACCAUACCUAUGUUAUAUAUAUUUUUGAGUUGUGUCAUUACACUAUGCCAAAUGUUUCCACCAAAUGUCAAACCCCGAGAAAUCUGUUAUUUUAUUUCUGACACAGGACGUUUCCAUUAGGCGCCUGUCAGUGGCGUCAUAUAACCUUUCACCCUCUAGUUAUUCGUAACUUCCGUCAAAACACGGGCACCCAGAUGAUACGUUCGAGAGUAAUUGUAAAUCAUACAACAUCACAGAAAAAAAUACUUGUAACUGUAAUAUUGCUUUUUAUGCCACAAGGCAUCAUUUCGUGAUUAAUUACAUGCCACUUGGCAACACAAUAAUACAGCAGAGAUCUUAUUUAAAAAGCAGCAGGAUUCGGCCGGGUUCGGGAUUUGGGUUCGGGAUUGGAUUCGGUCAAGUUCGGCUUUGGCCGGGUUCAGGGUUGAGUUCGGUAGGGUUCGGGAUCGGGUUUGGGAUCGGCUUUGGUCGGUCGGGUCUGCUUAUAGCACUGUAUAGUUAUAGCACUUCAUAAUGCUUUUUAACAAUAAUCAUAACACAUUAGGCCUAUAAAGCAUUUUAUUAUGACUAAUAAGGUCAAGUAUCAUAAUACUCUAUAAUUGGUAGUCACUACUAUAAUACAAUAUAAACAUGGGCUUAAUUAAUGUAAUAUAUAUAUUUAUAUAUAUAAUAUUCGACCGAAUCCUGGCACCGAAUAGUCUACAGGAUUUGGCUUCGGAUUCGGCCCAAUAUUCAGCCGAAUCCUGGCACCGAAUCCUGAGGUGAAACGGAGGCUGGAUGAGGUCAGGUGUCGGGGGAGUCACUACUAUAAUACAAUAUAAACAUGGGCUUAAUUCAUGUAAUAUAUAUGUUAAAUGGGUUGGAUUGGUAAAUAUGGUAGGACUGUAUUAGGAAUGAUGUAUUUACGAUGGGUGUCUCACUGGGGUGUCGGUCAGAACACAAAGGAGUCAAUGUAAUUCAAUCCAGAACUUUACUUGAGGUUUUGAAGGAUUUACAGAGCACAGCCAAGCACAAUAGAGUACACUUUUGGUGUACCAAUGACUAUAUGUUUAUAUAGUCAUCUAUGUGUAGGUGAUUAGGAAUAUAUUUGUUUCCUUGUAUGUGUGUGUGGUCUGAAAUAAAGAAGAACAAACAUG